CAACAUAAAUAUAUAAAACAAAAAAAAAAACAAAAUAUAAAAACUUUGAAAGAGUAUAAUAACACCGCGAUUUUGGCAAAAUGGUUAAGAUGGUUAAGGCAACUGCUCCAACUCGAACCUCCGGUUUGAUAAGUGAAUCCGAAAUGAUGGAAGAGCAAAAAAAGUAUACCAUCCGUCUGCAAGAUAUUUCUGCUGCUUGUGCCAUAUUCAGAAAGGCACUUGAUCAGUUUAGGGAUCUCGAGGAAGAACGGACGAGACAAGAUCGUUGGGAUCAGUUUGUUCGUUGUGAUGGAUUGCCCAAGGCCCGAUCACCAAUCGAAAUCCGAUCUUUCUUGGCCAAGAUUCGUCACUAUGAAGAUAUCGAAGCCAAUAAUUCGAUUGAUUGGACUUUGGCGGUUGAUGAGCGUAGUAUUCUCACCCAAAAUAUUUUCCACAAGGAUCUAACGCGAUCGACCUUGGAGAAACAGAUUGUCGAUAAUCCAGGGUCCUAUUUUGAAAAAAAUAUAAGGAAUUGUCUGGAAGUUUUGCGGCAGAUUGAUGCUCUGAUGGACAACGAGGUGGAAAUGGAGCGCAUAAAUAAGAAUGUACAGAUUGAUAUUUUGGAGGUCUACACAGAUGUGCAACGAGAAGUCGAAAGCCUUUUUGAUCGUCUUACUUAUCGGAUUUUAAGCGUGCAAAAAACCUACAUGGAAUCCACCAAUGGGGUAGUGGCUACGUGGAGCUACUUAAGCGAUACAUGGGGCUUGGAUCUCUGGGGUCUUUUGAACGUUCCCAUUAUCUUUAAGCAAUUGGAAGUCCCAGCUAUGUUGGCUGAUUUUAAAGUCACCGGCGUUCAGGCUCAAAUACCACUGAGUAUCCUGUGCGAUUGCCUUACUGUCCGCUGUGUCCACACCACCUUUGACCACCAUUCAGAGGACGCGAAGAGCUUCGAGCCACCGAUCGUUGAAUCUGUCUUCGUUCCCAGUGCUGGAAUCACAGAUAUGGAAGAGUCGAUGGUUGGUGAGUGGCUGAUGCAGCAGGACUUACAAGUGGAAACCCUGGAUGCCAUGAAUCGAAAACGGGAGGAGUACGAGGAACUAAUGCAGCUCAUUGCCGAGCGGACCGAACAGGCUGCCAAGGAGGCAAAAGCCGGUAAGAGCGCCGAUGGUACAAAGCGCAUAAAGAUAGUCAUUCCGAGGACUCCGAAGACGGUGCCCCUGGUGCCGCAAGGAAUGUUUCCCGAAAUUUAUAAUGACUUUCUGAUUCGUGAGCAGGCUCAGUUCAAUAAGUUUGUGGACAACUACUUUCAUCCAAAUCAUCUUAACAUGCGGGUCGAGGAGAUAAAUCUGCGCGAAUAUAUCAUCAUUGGUGGAAUCUAUAAUAUUACCUUCGUGCGGCGACCUGACCAAACACAUUUCGAGAAGUUUAACAUUAUUCUGCACGAGGAUGGCCGUGUCUUAAAGAUCAUACCCGAUGUGGUGGUGAAAGCUGAAAAGGACUUUCGCGGCAGCUCACGAGUUUCCGAUUUCACCAGGAUGACAAUGAACGACACCAUGAUGAAGCUGGAGGAUGAUGAGCUGCCGUACUUCGUCGUUACCGUGAAGUUGCCGCCAGAUCUCUGCAGGUGGGGCAAGCCCGAGGUCUGUCAUUAUUUGAGGGAGAUAGAGACACCGCCCGAGCCUUUGGAGAGGCGAACCACCAUAUCGCUCAAUUUAGUUGACACCCAACGAAUAUCAUCUGAAAUAGCCCAAAGGGAAGGCAGCUUGAUGCGAUCCACAGUGGGCAAUCAGUUUAAUCCAACUAUCAAAUCAAUCCUAAAGCAGAGUACGGUCUAUGCACCCAUUCCUGAGAAAGGGUUACCCAUUAAAGAUUUUAAGCUGGAGAAAACUUUAAAUAAGAUAGAAGUGAUGAACCUGAAAGACAUUUGUUUGCCGCGCAUAAUCUCUUCAUUUAAGUUUCCAAGCGAAUUUAUGGCAGAACAAAGUCUGUCAGAUGCUCAAAAGUCUAAAUCAAACCGCUUGAUAAAAAGGGUUGAAACUGAAAUGGUGGCGGAAGUUGAUCGGCCAUCGCAAUAUUUCGAUUAUAAUAUGCAGCAAGGACCAGAAAGGAUGUUUCCCGUUUUUGAGAUGGUAGCUCCUGUAGAAUUUACUUCUGAGGAUUAUUCGACCCCCAUCGAUUCUUUAGACACAGCAACAGCAUGUGGGCUUUUAUCCACAUUGGAUACCAUUAAAGAAAAGUAUUUGCAGAAGUCGCGACCACUGCUAGAUCAAGUCCAAAUCAUGCCAAAGAAGUUUGAGAAAAGGUUCGAAAAACAACAAGACAUCCGACUAAGUACCUAUAGUAUAAAGACUAGAAUGUCUGUUCCAGAGACAAAAGAUAGGAAAAGUGUUGCUGACAGAAAAAGUUUUGGAGACGCGAAUGUUAAAAAAAGUUUUUCAGAUUUUAUGUUUGGAAAGAGUGGUUCAGAACAUACAUUUCCCAUUGAGAGUGGUCAAGAGCAUAAGAGAGCCAGAAGGAGUGGAUCUCUUAAGCGACGAUCGACGAGAAAGAGUGGAAAGCUGGAGGAAAUCGUUAUUGAACCCCAAGAAAAGGAAGCGCCCAUAUUACUCAAUCACUGGACGAAACAGUACAUAUUUGAAUCUUCGAUAGACCCCAAGACCAACACACUAACCUUUAGAACCGACCGUCUGGGGAUGUUUGGAUUGGCCUUUAAGCGGUACGAGCACUUUCCAUUCAGUGAGUGGUGUCUGCAGCCCAAUGAUGAUAAUCCAGAUGAAAUUAUUUUAAGCCUCGAUACAUUUCAUGUUCGAAUGAUCUUCUACAUCUCAUCCCAGGGAGUACGGGGUUAUGUAACCGAUCUGAGCAAGGGAUACACGGCCAAGCCAGUAAAGUAUCUGGAGAUUGUGGAGCCAAUCUCCGAUUUUCGGGAAUUGCGAAAGUUACUUGUGGAAAAGAAUUUAAACAUCUUUGCGCAGCACGAUGCCUGCUAUUAUAUAACAAAUGGUUACUUCUCCAUUAAGCACGUGGCCACUGAGCUCCACACCUACAAUACCAUGGCCAUGCAAUGCAAGCAGAUGAAAUUCUAUCGAUCCAGUUGGAAUCGUCUCGCCCAACGCCGCGACAUCAUCAUGGACAUGAAGAUUGCAAAGGACAACUCUGAAUUCUCCGAAGUCACAAUGCGUAUUACACCCGAGAAAACUACGUUUGUCAAGAUCACGGAGAUAUGUUCGGAUGACAUAAAUGUAGUCAAGCUGCGUUACGAGGAAACUUGGAGGAACGUUAACCACUAUAAUGAUUUUAGUCAGGCCAUCUAUUCGAUGAACCCACAUGCCCUGGAGGGUUGCAAUAAAGAAGCAAUGCUUUUCGUCUACAUUAAAAGGCUUCUCAAUGAAAUUCGUCCUUUAAGUUUCUCCUAAGUUGUCGGUACUUGUGUAUAAAUUUUGCAUUAAUUCAUAUCAUAGCA